CCUCACACCACCCCGUCGUCACUUUCACACACCUCAAUUGGUCUUGCUCUUGACAUCUCACACAUCCCUUUGCUGCUCGAGCAAGUACCUCGCCCUUUGUCCAUCCGCCCCAUCGCACCACUUGCCUUGGCCACCAACUCGUCUGUGCGCGCCAACACCCUCCCUCCCCCAACGUCUCGGCUUUUCUUUCAACCCCCCCGGUAACCACAACGCGUCGUACCCUUUCCACUGCCUCCACUUGGCCACCACCACCGGUCACCACCCACCACCAGACCUUCCCUCCCCCCCUCCAGCCGCCGCCACCACAAACCAAGGCAAUAGUUGCUUGUACGCCACCACCUCGACAUCGCCCACAGUCUCUGCGUCGCCAGCCAAAGCAGGCUUCGACCUAGACCGGUUGCUCCAUCACACAACACUAGCCUCGCCGCGUUAUCUGCCCACCCAACCCUUACGCGGCCAUCGGAGUGGCCCCGUAGAUAGUCUACCCCAACUCCACUUCUCACACCUCCCGCCAUCAUGCCUCGUGAAGCAACCCCCGCCCAGAAUGUGCUCGCGCUCUUCCAGUCGCUGCGCCUCACACCGCCGCGUCUGAUCCUCUCGCCGCCAUCGCAGCCGCGUCGCGCGUCAGUGGCCCUUAUCCUUCGCAUGAAGCCAGCCCCCGAGCUCGUGUUUGAGGGUCACGUCCCCGAGGGUUACACUGGCCCUGUCGUCCCCGCGGACCAGUUUGGUGUUGGCCUCCCCUACGAUGAUUUCCUGCGUCUCGACUGGGUGAACCACCCCAACACGACGCCCGAGCUCCUGUUCAUCAGACGGGCGCCGAGUGCGACCCCGACAAGCUCGGGCAACUACCGCUGGUCCUCGCACAUCGCCUUCCCUGGUGGCCGCCAGGAGCCUGCCGACGAGUCGGCGCUCUACACCGCUCUCCGUGAGACGUGGGAGGAGAUUGGCGUCGACUUGGCCGAGUCCGACUAUGUCCAGGUCGGUCGUCUUGACGAGAGAGAGAUCACGACGAGUCUCGGCAAGCGUCUGCUCAUGAUUCUGAGCCCGUUCGUGUUCCUCCAAACCUCGCCCAUCAGCCCCACUCCCGAGCUGCAGGCUUCCGAGGUCUCCACUGUCCACUGGAUCCCUCUUGCGUCCCUCACACCUCCGUUCGAGCCCGAGCAGUGGACCCACAUCGACAUUGACAUCAGCACGCGCCUCAGCCCGCGCAACCAGCUCAUUCGCUGGGCACUCCGCGGCCUUGUGGGCAAGAUGCAAUUCGGCUGUAUCAUGCUCCCAGACGAGCCAGACUAUGUGGCUGAGGGCAUUGACCUCAACAUGGACUUUGUCGAGCCGCCCGAGGGUGGCAGUGGCAGCUACGUCGACGCGUCGGGCAAGCGCAUGUUGCGUCUCUGGGGACUGAGCUUGGGCAUGACUCUUGACCUUGUCGCCCACAGCCCCGGUGGCACCGACUCUAGCCUGAUCGUCCCCCGCGCCAGAAGCGGAUCGCGAUCCACAAACGGCGGGUCGCCCGACCGUUCUACCACCAUCUUUGGCCCCAAGACGCCUGUGACCGUGCAGUCGUCGUUUGACCAGCACUGGUUCCCCAACGAGAAGUCGGACCUUGGUUCGUCACCAAAGUCGGCUGCGGGUGGCAACGUUGCUACAGUGAUUCAGGACCCCAAGGUCAAGCGCAAGCACAGCGUCCAGAUUGUGGACACGCGCAGACGUGGCGUCGGACCGGGAGUGACGGCCGUGUUCCCCCGCUUCUCAUACCCCGAUGUCAACUUUUGGAUCUGGGUGUUUGGAAGGAGGUAUCGCCAGGUCGUCAAGGGCUGGGAGGAUUCCGUCCGUGGCCCUGACAAGGCAGCUGACAAGCGAACCAACUGGUCAGGCGCCGCGCUGUCGACUUUCUACACCGCAGUUCGCCAUGCGCUCGUUGUUGCCAUCAUUGUGCGUGGCCUCGCAACGCUUGGCGGCGUGGCUGGCUUGACAUGGUGGCUGUUCCGACACUUUAGCAAGACUGCCUCGGAACUAUAGAUCGGAAGAGGAGAGAAGAGAAGCUGCGACGCGCGACCUGUUCGUUUACGUUCACGGUCCUUAUGUUUACCAUAGUUAGUACACGAGUGACAACCCCCAGUAGCCUGUAGGCAUUUAUCAUGUAUCUUCACCUGCAUUCGUCGA